CCUCCCUCUUUCCUCUCCUCUCUCCUCUGCUCCGUCUCAGUCCCGCCUGUGAGCACCUCCAUGGAAUAGCUGCAUUUUGCUCUGCCGAGGCUGCAGGAGACCCCCGGGAGGGGGAGCAAGUUUGGCGGAUCCGUCUCCUUCAAGUUGGAUCAUCUCAGGAGGAAGCUCCUGGAAGCGCUGACCGGCUGGGGUACCUGUGUGAGGCAGUAAUGGGCAGACCAGAGGGGUUAGCCAGGCCACCUCUGGUGUCAGCCAUGGCACUUUGCCUCCUGGCUUUGCUGCUUCUGUGCUGCAGCGUCUCCAGCCUCCCUCCGCCUCUGCCAAGAGUCUUCCUUUCCUUUGAAGAGCUGCGGGCCUCUCAGGCCUUUGAACACUACAGAAUAUCCGACAAGCCCAUGGACUACAGGAUCCUGCACAUGGACGAGGACCAGGACAGGAUGUAUGUGGGCUGCAAGGACCACGUCCUCUCCAUGGACAUCAAUAACAUCACACAUGGCACGCUGAAGGUGUUCUGGCCGGCGUCUGCCAGCAAAAUAGAAGAGUGUCAAAUGGCGGGAAAGGACCCAACGCACGGCUGUGGGAACUUCAUCCGCGUGGUGCAGCCGUACAACAGAACCCACAUGUACAUGUGCGGCAGCGGCGCCUACAGCCCCGUCUGCGUGUACAUCAACCGCGGUCGCAGACCAGAGGAACAAGUGUUCUUCAUCGACUCCCGGAGUGAAUCGGGAAAAGGGAGAUGUUCCUUCAAUCCUCAAGUGAAUACAGUCUCUGUCAUGAUCAACCAGGAGCUCUUCUCAGGCAUGUACAUCGACUUCAUGGGGACAGAUGCUGCCAUCUUCAGGAGCUUGACCAAGAGGAACCCGGUGCGGACAGAUCAGCACAACUCCAAGUGGCUCAGCGAGCCUUUCUUCAUCGAUGCCCAUCUGAUUCCGGAUGGAACAGACCCGAAUGACUCAAAACUCUACUUCUUCUUCCGGGAAAGGCUGACGGACAACAGCGGGAACACUAAAAAUAUCCACACCAUGGUUGCCAGAGUGUGUCCAAACGACAUCGGAGGACAGCGGAGCCUCGUGAACAAGUGGACCACCUUCCUCAAAGCCAGGAUGGUGUGUUCCGUGUUGGAGGAGGACGGCACAGAGACCCACUUUGAUGAACUCGAGAGUGUGUUUUUGCUGGAAACGGAGCAACCCAAGGGCCUGUUGGUGUUCGGAGUCUUCACAUCUACUAGCUCUGUUUUUAAAGGCUCAGCGGUGUGCGUCUACAACAUGGCCGACAUCCUCACUGUCUUUAACGGGCCCUUCGCUCACAGAGAGGGGCCUAAUUUUCAGUGGGUGGCAUUCCAGGGCCGGAUCCCCUACCCAAGACCUGGAACUUGUCCCGGUGGAGCGUUCACUCCUGACUUACACACAACAAAGGAGUUCCCAGACGACGUGGUGAACUUUGUCCGCAACCAUCCGGUCAUGUUCAACCCCAUCUACCCGGUGGGGAGGAGGCCUCUGGUGGUUCGCACCAAUACCGGCUACAGAUACACCUCUGUGGCCGUGGACCAGGUCCUGGCUGCUGAUGGCAGCUACCAAGUGCUUUUCCUGGGGACAGACAAAGGUACAGUUCAGAAGGUGAUCGCACUGCCAAGCAAUCACUCCCUGCAUGAAGAUCUGAUCCUGGAAGAGCUGGAAGUGUUUAAGAACCAAGCUCCUGUUACAAACCUACGGAUAUCCUCCAAAAAACACCAGCUGUACGUCAGCUCAGAGUUCGGGGUCUCCCAGGUCUCCCUGCACCGUUGCCAUGCCUACGGCUCGGCGUGCGCCGACUGCUGCCUCGCCAGAGACCCCUACUGCGCCUGGGACGGCCUGAGCUGCUCCCGCUUCUAUCCCACUGGAAAAAGGAGAAGCAGGAGACAGGACAUCAUGCAUGGGAAUCCUCUCACCCAGUGUAGGGGAUUCAAUUUAAAAGCCUACAGGAACGCGGUGGAGAUGAUGCAGUACGGCGUGAAAAACAACACCACCUUCUUGGAGUGUCAGCCCAAGGCUCCGCAGGCGUCCAUUCGCUGGCUCAUCCAGAGAGACAACGACAGAAGGAAGGAGGUGAAGCUGAGUGAUCGCGUUUUCUCCACCGAGCACGGCCUGCUCAUCCGUUCCGCCCAGCCGUCCGAUCAGGGCCUUUACUACUGCCUGACCACGGAGAACGGCUUCAAGCGCACCGUGGCUAAAAUCCGCCUGCGCGUGCUGAGCGACGCGGUGGUGAGCGUGCUGACAGACAAGCGGCAGUCGCCUUGGGGCUGGGCCAGCUCGGUGCACCCUAAGGUCCUGCUGGCGGCCUUCAGUCCUGCAGAGACUCUGGCCGUGCAGCAGUACUGCAAAGAGAGGAAGGAGCUCCAGAACCUGCAGAAGAAGCAGCAGCAGGCACAGCCACCCGGACCCCUCAGGGGGGAUUUGGCCAAACUUAAGCCCUUAUUGGACCGAAGAAAGAGCCGCAAUCGACGCAACCAUCUCCCAGAAGUUUGAGAUCCGCCGAGACGGAGACUUUUGUAAAAUAGAAGCAGUUUGGGAGAAGGAUUUCUUUGUUUUUGCAUGAGGUUCUGUGACAAAGUUUCACUUAGACACAAAGCAAACAGGAGCCAAUGAGCUGAGAGAGCAAGACAAGCAGGAGCGGAAAUGAGCAGCUACUGUCUCAAAUAUGAAUAAAAACAACACGUUUCUGCAGAUGAUGUUGGAGAAACUCCGUGGAUCAGCUGAUGAUUGACUUCCAGAGGAUGUGGUUUGUUUGUUUGUUUGUUUUUUUGAAAGAAGGAGCGUUGUUUACAGCUAUGAUUACAAAGGGACGUAGAGAAGACGUGACGGUGGAGCUCUGUGGGAUGCAAGUCAGUCAAAUUGAAAGUGUAAAAAGUUGAGGCCAAAGGAAAAAUUUUCUGUAUUUAAGCAGAUGUAUGGCAGCCCGGAGGGCACAAAUUACACUAAAAUUCACUGAAAGAAAAUCAGAUUUUAACAAAAUAAAGGUUUAAAUUUGUUGGAAAAUGAUCUCCCCAGACUCUAAAGUGAAGUGUUUUUGUUUCCUUAUUUAUAUUUUACUAUUUUAAACUGAUUUGAAUUUAAAAAAAAGUUUGUUUUUUUCAUUUGUUUUGAGAUUUUUUUGUUGGUUCUUUCUUAUCCUUAAACAUAAUCCCAAAAACCAAAAUAUUAAUCCUGAUUCUGUAAAUUUCCACUCUGGUCAGUUUAAAAGUGUUCUCAGUGGUCUUUUCAUUUUGUUUGUUUUUGUUUUUUAGCCAAAAUCUGUCAUUUUUAUGACAUAAUGUCUGCAGAGCUGCACCAUGGAGUAACCCCGCCCCCCUUUAUUCUCCCUGUUGCUGAGAACUCUCUGUUUAUGCGCUCACUUGCUAGCUUACAGACCCUCACACCCUCGACUUAAGCUUUUUUGGGUUUUUUUUGUGUCCUCCAUAAUCAGAAAAACUGCACAAGAACAUGUUCAAUUCACCAAACACUCAAUUUUGGUUGUUUUUGCCUCAAAAGCAAGCUGAAAUUGAUCAUCACAAUAAUGACUUUGGAGUCAAAAAAGUAUAUAAAAAUAUAAAAUUUAACCAAUAUGGGAAUUGCUUUUCCAACUGAAUUAAGGAAAAAUAUUUUUCCAAACAUGAAAUCCAUAGAUGUAGUUUGAUGAAUAUAAUAAAUGACAUAAAACAGAGUUUUGAUGAUAAAUGCUGAUUUUUUUUUUCCAAUUUUUUUUUUUUUUUUUUUGGCCCCUCUGGUUUGCCAUACAUCUCAGCAGAAGCUUGAGCUCAGCAGGAGUGGCUGCAGACUCGCUGAUCUUUGUACUGUAUGAGAAGAUGCCUGACUUUGCUUAGCCUGCAUGUUUCACCAGCACUGAAGCAUGUCUACCGUUAAUGUAAAGAAGUGUUAAAGCUUACCCAUAAUGCAUUUCAAAACCCUGGAAUCAACAGUGUGGACUUUUGACUGCAAAAACAACACACAUUUCCAGACCGAUUGAAACUAGGAUCUUUAUUAACUCUUCAAGUAGUGAUUAUCUGUGAAGUAGAAACGUUCAAAUAUGUGAAUAGAUGUUUUUUUAUGCUUAGAUCGUGUAGAUAGAAGUCAUUGCUUGUGUACAGUUUUUUGUUUCAGUCUUUUAAAUUAACUUUGCCUAAACAAAUAUGUUUCGAUGUGUAAAAAAUAAACCACCAAAUGGCUUCGACCGUAUCUGCAACUUGCAGAGAUAAAAGCUUUUAUUUUGAAAACCAUCUGCCUUUCCUCAUAGCGAUUCAAAUGUGCCAUGAAACAUGCAUUUGUAUUUAUUAUUAACCUGAAUAAAUCUGUUCAGAUGAA